UUAACUAAUGAAGGUUUUUAUUAUAAUAAUAACAAAUUUAAAGUUACACUAAAAGCAUUCAUAUGUGAUGCACCUUCUCGCUGUUUUCUUAAAUGUAUACAAGGUCAUACAGGAUAUUACUCAUGUGAACGAUGCCAAGUUAAAGGAUUAUACGAAGAACAUAGAGUUGUUUUUAUUGAUAACAAGCCAUCAACUCCGAGAUUAACUGAAGAGUUUAAUACUUUUGUGUACACUCAACAUCAAAAAUCUCUUACUCCUUUAGCUCAACUUGAAAUAUCUUGCAUUUCUGAUUUUGUUUUGGAUUAUAUGCACAUGGUUUGUCUUGGUGUAGUAAGACGCAUACUUACCUUUUUAAAGUCAGGUCCAAAACAUUGUAGACUUUCAAAUGCCCAAAUAAAGAAUAUAUCUGAUAAUCUGUUAAGCUUACGUGGCAUGAUGCCAUCUGAAUUUGCUCGACAACCACGUUCCCUUUUGGAGUUAGAUCGAUGGAAAGCUACAGAAUUUAGACAAUUUAUUUUAUACACUGGACCCUUAGUUUUAAAGGGUGUUGUUAGUAAAGAAAUUUACAAUCAUUUUUUAACAUUGCAUGUUGCAAUGGUGAUUCUCUUAAAUGAGGACAAUCGAUUUAGAAAGCAUUAUCUUACAUUCGCUAGAGAACUAUUAAAUUAUUUUGUUAUAAAUUCAAAAUAUUUAUAUACAAAAUCAUUCUGUGUUUACAAUGUUCACUCUUUACUUCAUAUUUGCGAUGAUGUUGUUAAAUUUGAUUGUUCACUAAAUGACAUUUCCUGUUUUCCCUUUGAAAAUUUUAUGCAGACAUUAAAAAAAGCAGUAAAAAAUUCAAAGAGUCCUGUUGUUCAAAUAGCCAAACAAUAUGAACGAAUACAAUCUUUAUUAAAUACAAAACCUCGAAAACUUAAAAUUUCAAUUUUACACCAUGAUUUGGGCAAGAGCAGUUUGGAUAGAGAAUUAUGAGGAAAUAGAAGAUGUUGUGCCUAGAAAGUGGAUAGAUACAGAAAAAAAAUUGUUAUUCUGGCCUGCAGGUGUAUCUUAUCGAAGAGCUGUUAAAGAAGAAAUGGAUGUGGAUGAAACAUGGAACAAAUAUAAACUUAUUAAAAUUAAAUUUGAAAGUGGUAUGAAAUUUUCACACACAAGCAUACAUUAUAUACUGGCAAUAUAAAUGAUGUAAAAAACUGCCAAAAAUAUCUGAUGUUUAUAUUGGAUUUAUAAUAGCUUU